AAAAAGAAAUUGAAGAACCUAUAGAUGAAGAAAUGAUUAUUCUAUUAGCUCAAGAAGAAGAUGAUACGAAUCAAAGUGAAGAAGAAGAUAUAAACGAAUCACCUAUUAUUUCUAUUACGGAAGGAUUAGAGGCUUUAGAAAAAGUUAUGAAAUGUUUGUUACAACAACCUA